CUCUCUCUCUCUCUCUGUACUUUUCUUUCUCUCCCUUGAAAUUCCAUAUUCAUAUCCCCAUUUUUCUCUGUUUGAAAUUUGAAAUAAGCAUUGUAGAGAGUGAAGGGAGAUUUUUUUUUUAUAAAAUUUUUUCUUCUUCUUCUUCUUUUUCUUCUUUUUCUUCUUUUAUUUUUUUAUUUAUUAUCUUAAUUUUUGUUGUUAGUUGCUGUAAUGGGGAGCUGAAAAUUUUGGGAAGAUCGAAAAAAUCAAAAAAAAAAAAGGCGUGGUUUUUGUGCUCCACCGCUUCCUUCGCUCUUACAGUUUUUUUUUUUUUUUUUUUCUCUCUCUCUCUUCUGGCACUGGGAAAAUCAGUUGUUUAGAUUACGUGGAGGGUGUGCAAUCUUCUCGUGACAGAUGGAAAACAGGUUGGCAAAACAUAUGAAGGAGUGCCGUUUUUGAACCAAAAAAAACAGUAAAAAAAAGAGACAAAAAACCACUUCUCUUCUCCUUUAUAGUAUAGACUUAUAGCAUAGAUGUAUUGCUCAUCAUCGAAUAUUUGUAAUUCCCUAAUCCUGAAGCACACACUGAAGCUAUCCCAACCAGUUAUUUCCCUCGAAAUGAAGAUAUGCAAGAGCAAUGUACUUAAAGCUGUCACCAAGCUUUCAGGUAUAGAUCAAGUAUCAGUGGAUGCAGAAAAGGGAUUGCUAACUGUAGUAGGAAAUGUAGAUCCAGUUUUGAUAGUAAAGAAGGUGAGGAAGAUUGGGAAAGCCGCAGAAGUAGUAAGCAUUGGCCCUCCAAAGCCCGAGCCCAAAAAGUCUCCUAAAUCCGUAUUGCUUCCUCCUUAUUGUAAUGACUGCCAACUUGUACGCUGGCGUCGACUUUACUUCUUAUGAUGGUAGACUUUGCCACAUCCUUUGAUGGGAUUCCAACUAUGUACCACUUCAUUUCAUGGUUUCCUUUAAUCUGCCUUAAAAAUGUAAUUACUUCCUUUACCCUGUCAAUUAUGAUCAUUUUAGGUCUUUUGAUUGUGGAAGU